AUGCCUCAGCCUUUUGCUGCUAGAUCCACAUCCCUUCUUGGGAAGACCAAUGCCGCCGGAAAAGUCGAUCACCUACCCGGCUUUAAUGACUUGGGUCACAAGUGGAUGAUGGCGGCGAGCUCAAGUUCAUUAUGGCUCGAUCAAAAGCAAGGCAUCUCAGUGACCUAUGUCGAUACAACUCAAAGCAGCAAUACGGCAAGCUCGCUAAAUGACCAAACGACAUACACCACCAUUGGCUCGCUCAAGCAGACAACCACCAUGGGGGUCAGUACGCCAUUAGACUCGCAUCCGGGUCUCUUCAAUUGGAGAGGCGCGGGGUGGCUGAGGAUGGUGUCAGCGCAGUGGGAGGUUGUUGGGUUUGGCACUAUCAAGGGAGGAGACUCGCUAGUUUUGGUGGUGGCUGCUGCCAAGACGCUCUUCUCGCCCCAGGGAUUGUCAGUGUACUAUAGAGAGGGCCAUCCGAUCUCGGGGGAGGAUGUUGAUUGGGUCAAGAAUGGGAUCAGAGAGCUUGAUGACCCAGUGUUAACAGCAGAAGUUGACCUUAGACAGUACUCCUACGUUUGA